CUAUUUGACAUCCAGUUCAAUGUGUCAAUUCGACUUUCCUCAACUAUCCCACUUUAUUGACAUUUGCACACCAUACGUAUUUUUAUUUUAACAGGCAACCCAAGUAAUUGAAUGUAAUAUUCUCCCCAUCACCUACCAUCCCCUGGGCUACUACUGAAAGACAUUCAUUCUAUUCUCUCAAGUCCACCCACUAAACUUUAUCGGAGAGGGCGGUUCUUAAGCAAAGUUUGGCUUGUUAAGGACCGUUCCUAACUGUCAGGGCUGUCGAAGGGGGCUUGAUGGAAGAAAGAAGGGACAACGUCUUGUCAGCAAACAACACUUAGAGCUUAACAUUCUUGAAAUGCAAAAGACGCAUGUGAAAAUCCCCGAGGAACGGUACAACUUCGUAAAAAACUUAUGAAGUUUAUAUCGCCGGCGUCACGCUUUCUAUGCUUAAAGUGCAUGGUUCUAGCCGGGUAUAAGUGUUUCACUCCAAAAUGGAGAGCGUUUGAAAUGACAGUCGGCACAGUGAGGAUAAAGCAUAAUUACAUGUUUUCUUUCUUUACCUUCCAACAAGAUGAUUUACUUUCACUGCGGACUGCACGUUCUCGAGCAAACUUUCUCUCCCAUUCACUUUUUGGUUGCAGCGGGGGUCUUGGCGAUGUUUCACAACAGUAAAACAUUUGGAUUUGAACAAGAGACAGAGAGCUUUCUACAGGGGCUUCCGCAAUACCAAGUCGUUCACCCCUACCAAGUGGACGCCAAAGGUCACUUCCUGUCCAACUUUGUGUCCCACCGCGUCAGCCGGGUACAGAGGCGGGAAACCCAGGGGGAACCAGGAAGCCUUGCACGGGUGUUCUACCAGUUGCAGCACGGUGGCCGCAAUCUGCACUUCAACCUCACCCUCAACCCACAUCUGCUGGCUCCUGGCUUCCUGACCGAGAGGAGGUACGGUGGCCUGGAGGGGGCCAAAAUACACAGCCAUGGCCCCUCGCUGUGCCACUUUAUCGGGGAGGUGUGGGACCAGGCAACUAUGAAGGGGAAGGCGGCUAUAAGUACCUGUGAUGGCCUGACAGGGCUGUUCAAGCUGUCCCAGGAGGAGUUCUUUAUCCGGCCAUUGGAGCGGUCUAGUGAUGAGUCGACGGCACCACAAGUCCACAUUAUCUACAAGCGCCACACCUCCCCCACCCAAAGCCAGUUGGUACAGCCCAUCUCUGGAGACCAAACCACCAACAGUACCUGUGGGGUCAAAGAUCCAGCUGCGUCGUUGGAGCGUGUGGAGAGGCAACGGGAGCGCUGGGAGAGACGCCAGCGGAGGAAGAGGAGGAUACGCCAGCGUUCCAUCAGCAGGGAGAAGUGGGUGGAAACGCUGGUGGUGGCCGAUUCCAAGAUGGUGGAGUACCACGGGACCAAGGGCGUGGAGAGCUACGUACUGGCUGUCAUGAACAUCGUGUCAGGGUUGUUUCGUGAUGCCAGCAUUGGAAACCCCAUCAACAUCGUAGUGGUUCGUCUGAUCCUGCUGGAGAAGGAAGAGGGAGACCUGAAGAUCACCCACCACGCGGACAACAGCCUGCGCAGCUUCUGUAAGUGGCAGAAACGGCUCAACAUGAAGGGAGAAGAACACGCGGUCCAUCACGACGUGGCCGUCCUUCUCACCAGAAAGGACAUCUGUGCGGCCAUCAAUAAGCCAUGUGAGACCCUGGGCCUGUCUCAUGUAGCGGGCAUGUGUCAGCCCCACCGCAGCUGCAGCAUCAGUGAGGACACGGGCCUGCCGCUGGCCUUCACCGUCGCCCACGAGCUUGGGCACAACUUUGGGAUUCAACAUGAUGGCAACGGCAAUGACUGUGAGCCGAUUGGGAAAAGACCUUUCGUCAUGUCUCCACAGCUCCUGUAUGGCACCUCCACCCCCAGCUGGUCGCGCUGCAGCCGCCAGUACAUCACCCGCUUCCUGGAUCGAGGCUGGGGCUGGUGCCUGGAUGACCCCCCUGUGCGGAACGUGCUGGAUCUGAACUCUGUUCCCCCCGGGGUCCUGUACAGCGCUGCCCACCAGUGCCGCCUACAGUACGGCUCUGGGUCCCUGCUCUGUGACGACGUGGACAACGUCUGCAGUACGUUGUGGUGCACUGUGGGGACAACCUGUCACUCAAAGCUGGAUGGUGCGGUCGACGGGACCAGGUGUGGUGAGGACAAGUGGUGCUUUGACGGGGAGUGUGUGGCGGUGGGAUACCAGCCUGAGAGCGUCAAAGGAGGCUGGGCUCCAUGGAGCGAGUGGUCUGCCUGUUCCAGAACCUGUGGGGCCGGAGUUCAGAACGCCCAGAGGGACUGCGUCAACCCAGUUCCCAAGUACAGAGGGAAGUACUGCGUGGGGGAGCGAAGGCGCUACAAGACCUGUAACAGCACCCCUUGCCCCCCAAACCAGCCCUCCUUCAGACUCAUCCAGUGCAGUCACUUCAACACCAUGCCUUACAAGGGCAAGUUCUACAAGUGGGUGCAGGUCAACAACAGAGUGAACCCCUGCGAGCUGCACUGCCGUCCUUUGAACGAGUACUUCUCAGAGAAGAUGCUGGACGCCGUCAUUGACGGGACCCAGUGCUACGAGGGCAGCUUGAGCCGAGACAUGUGUGUUAACGGCAUCUGCAAGAAUGUGGGAUGUGACUACGAGAUUGACUCCAACGCGGUGGAGGAUCGCUGUGGGGUUUGCCAUGGCAACGGGUCUACUUGUGAGACUGUGAAGAAGACCUUUGAGGAGAGCGAAGGGCUUGGCUAUGUGGACAUUGGGCUGAUUCCAGAGGGGGCGCGGGACAUUCGCAUCGAGGAGGUGGCCGAGGCUGGGAAUUUCUUGGCUCUCCGGAGUGACGACCCCGGCAAGUACUUCCUGAACGGCGGCUGGACUAUCCAAUGGAAUGGGGAAUACAAGGCGGCGGGGACGGUGUUCACCUAUGAGAGGACAGGCCAACUGGAGAACCUGACCUCCCCUGGACCAACCCUAGAGCCAGUGUGGAUACAGCUACUCUUCCAGGAGACCAACCCAGGGGUGCGCUAUGAGUACACCAUCCAUAGAGAGACUCUUCUAGACUCCGACAACGACAUCCCUAUCCCCGGUUUCUUCUGGAAGUAUGGCUCAUGGACUGAGUGCAGUGCCACCUGCGGGACAGGUGUCCAGCGACAGAUUGUUCACUGUGUGGAGAGGACCUCUGGGAUAGUGGAAGAGGGCUACUGUGACCCAACGACCCGUCCUGACGAUAAACGAGCCAGCUGCAACGAGGAGCUUUGCCCAGCCAUAUGGUGGGUGGGUGAGUGGCAGAAAUGCUCGGCCACGUGCGGUGAGAAGGGCUUGGCCAAGAGGACGGUGCUAUGCAUCCAGGCCGUGGGUCUGGAGGAGAACAGAGCCCUGCAGCCCUCUGAAUGUCACCACAUGCCCAGGCCUGAGUCAGCGGCACCCUGUAACACUCAUGUCCCCUGCCCCGCGGACUGGUCCACCGGCAACUGGUCAGAGUGCUCAUUGACGUGUGGCGGUGGUGUGCGGAGCCGAAAGGUUGUCUGUUCCAGAAACACAGGGGUGGACUGUGACCCCCGAAAGAAGCCCAGUUCCCUUACUCCAUGCUACCUCCAGGACUGUCCUCAGAUCAUAGACGUCUUCGGUGGCAGUAACGACUGGUCUGGCAGUGGCUCGUCCAGCAAGGAAAUCAACGAAAUCAACUCCAUCCCUGAUGCCAACCCCCUGCCCAAACACAGUACGACUAGAGCUCAGCCAAGGGCCCCUAACGAUCUGAAUAACAUCAUCCCCCAGCCGAAUCACAUUGACAAGACUACUGACAAGUCAGCCAAAAACAAUGUACCGGUGGACGAUUUUUACUACGACUACAACUUCAUCAAAUUCCACGAGGACAUUUCCUAUGACUUUGGCGUGGGGAACAAUGGUGAAGACUUGGGGGAUGAUCUUGGACUAGAUCCACAAAAGGAGACUAAGCUCAGCUCUAGUGCAGAAGAACAUGUUUACAGAGAAACUACAGCAGCUACCUCACCCAUUUCUACCACUUCUAAGACGACUCCUUUCAUUAGGGAAGAUGAGGAACCACAUAACCUGGGCAAUGCAGAGGUUGAUGGCAAACCACAGACUGAGAAACCCAAUGAAGUAGAGAGCGAGGAGGAGGAUGUUCUCCUUUCAGAGGACUAUUUUCUACCUGUUUCCACCACACCCUCAGCACCAGUUUUAGAGACCAGGUUUUCACAAAGAUGGAAAGAAACAAAGGGUAAUUUUGGUUGGCCUCAUUACCUCAGCACAGCACCCAGCCCGGUGUCCACUAGCAUGGGGACCACUGAGAACACACAUGGGCCCCAGAGUGAAGAAGAGGAUGAUGGAAACACUGACAUUUAUGGCCAUUUUGACGUGGAAGACGGCCAUGUUGGUACAGCUAUCGAAUAUAGCACCACUGCCCCUGGCAGCCAUGACUAUGAAGAUGGCACCUUACCCACAACCAUGGUAGAAGAGGAGAAAGAAGAAGUGGGUGGUUUGGACUACAAUUCCCACCAGGAGGCUGCAAUUGGACUGCAAUCCCCUGGCUCCCAAGAUGAAACUGAGAGCCCGGUUCCACCCAUGGAUCCACCUUCCCCAGGCCCUGUGUUUGAGUUUGAAACAUACGAGGACAGCUUUUUCACAACAACCCUGUCCCAAUGGGAGACAACCACCUCUCUUCCAUACGAGCCACCAGCCCCAGACUCCACUGAGGAUUACAAUGGCUUUUUCCCUGAUGAACCAGACUUUGAUCAGCAGGACUUUGAAACUGAGUCCAACGCUGGUAGCAAAGUCGAUUUAAGGGUCACCGACAGUGACUUCACAGUGACCUCACAACCUGUCUCUCAGGAGCCACGUCUUCCACCCUCUCCUCCCCCGCCUCUUUCCCAUUCACUCUCAGGAAACCAGGAGAACCUCAAACACAGCACAUCAACAACUGGAAGUGACUCCCUAUCUCCCAGUCAUCUGGAAGGAGACCCUCAGUCUCCACCUGGAAGUGACUCCCCACCUCCCAGUCAUCUGGAAGGAGACCCUCAGUCUCCACCUGGAAGUGACUCCCCACCUCCCAGUCAUCUGGAAGGAGACCCUCAGUCUCCACCUGGAAGUGACUCCCCACCUCCCAGUCAUCUGGAAGGAGACCCUCAGUCUCCACCUGGAAGUGACUCCCCACCUUCCAGUCAUCUGGAAGGAGACCCUCAGUCUCCACCUGGAAGUGACUCCCCACUUCCCAGUCAUCUGGAAGGAGACCCACCGCCGUUCAUGUUAGCAGAGACAGAGCCAGCCACAGCCCAGUUAGAGACAGACAUCGCAGCACAGUCCUCCACGACUGGGCCAACUCCAUCUAAAGGGGCCAAUGCGGGCCCUCCAGCUCCCUCCCCAUACGGGUGGUCAGAGAUUGACUACAAUGAGAUCCUCAUCCCCCCCAUGCUGAGACCCAGGGGCACGGACCCUCCCCUCACAUACCAGCCCCCAGUGGAUGUCACCACAACCACUCCCCAGGAUGGCACGAAACCCGUGCCCCUCAACCAGUCCCUUGAGCCAGCAGUGCCCCUCAACCAGUCCCCUGAGCCAGCCAUGCCCCCCACCCAGUCCCUUGAGCCAGCAGUGCCCCUCAACCAGUCCCCUGAGCCAGACAUGCCCCCCACCCAGUCCCUUGAGCCAGCCGUGCCCCCCAUCCAUUCCCCUGAGCCAGCCAUGUCCCUCACCCAGUCCCUUGAGCCAGCCGUGCCCACUCUGCCAACCCAUUCUCCCACCCCACCCUGGUGGACACCAGAGCCAACCCAAGUGCCGAGCCCAGCUUCAACUCCAGUCGCCACAGCUUCCUUCUGGAGAGCCGGCAACUGGAGCGCAUGUUCUACUAGCUGUGGAUUGGGGGCCAUCUGGAGGCUGGUGGUCUGCAGCACGGGAGUGGAGUCUGCCUGUGACCUGACCAAGAGGCCCGUGCCGGCCCGGCGCUGCUACCUCCGACCCUGUUCCUCCUGGAGGUUAGGGAACUGGACCAAGUGUUCCAGGAACUGUGCUGGUGGGGUGACCCUGCGUGAGAUCCAGUGCUUUGACACCAGGGACCAGAGGCCUUUGCGGCCCUUCCACUGUCAGGCUGUGUCUACCCGGCCGGUGGCCCACAUGCCCUGCAACCCCCAGCCCUGCCUGGACUGGUACUCUUCUUCCUGGGGACAGUGCUCUGAGGUGUGUGGGGGAGGGGAGCAGCAACGUCUGGUUACCUGUCCAGAAGAGGAUCGCUGUGAUGAGGACCUUCUGCCCAGUAACAUCCAGGCCUGUAACAGCCAACCCUGUGCCCAAUGGGUCACUGGCUCCUGGGGACAGGUGCACAUGAGAAACAAUCACAGACAAUCACAGCAUCAUCCAACAUGA